AUGCUCUUCUGCCUCCUUCAUCCAAUGGACCACAACACCGGACCUUUGGCAAGGAAGUCGACUACGCUUUGUGCUCUGCUGCUGGUAUCCAUCGCCGCGCUCCUGCUGCUUCCAGUUCCUGGACAGGCCAACGGUGAGGAAGUCGGAGUCGCCAACCACAUCAAGAAUGGAAGCGAUGUGACGCUCAAAGGGGACAGUAAGCCGGCCGGAGAGGACUUAACUUAUGCCGAGUACGUGAAGCGCUUUCCUACUGUCUGUAAUUUCGCAAUCAACAAGACACACAUUGAGCUUCUAUAUGAUGGCAGAAAUUGCACUGUGGAACUGAUCACCAAAGAAACGAAUAUGAUCAAAUUCAAGACCGGGAUGAAAAGUAGUUGCGAUCUGGAGGACUGCCGCGGUCAAAUGCCCAAUUUUGAACAUGGCUUUGCAAAUCUCUUGCCCUUCGCCUACAGCAGAAACAACAAGGAUAUCACAGAGCACAAUAAAGGGCCAAUAGAAGUUAAUGAUAAUGCUGUGUGUGGCGCUAGCACCAAGUGCGGAAAAGACCAAAAGUGCAUAAAUCAGACAUUUCUUGAAGUCUCAUGGAGCAAAUGUCAGGAUUUUGUACAUGCGCACAUCCAUUUAAUUGGUGAAUAUAGGACGGGCCUGGAUCGAUCAGAAGAAGGACAGAAUGGAACUAAGAGGGAAUUCAAUCUGGAGAUAUAUAAUAAUAGCCGUGUAAAGAUGGACCUUGACCCGAAACGUGCGGACGAAUUUUUUGAAAUGGAGUCUUAUUGUGCUCCAAAGAAAAACCCCCUUGUUAACCCAGAAACAUGGAAGAUCAAGAAUGAAGACAAAGGCCUGAAGGGUAAACAUCUGCUCGUCUUCCAUUUACUUCCGCAAACGGCUACAAUACGGUAUAAGAAUAACGCUUACAAGGGAACGCUUAAGGAAAAAGGACCAAACUGCACUUUCUUCAUUAGCUUUGAUAGGCCAGCCUACGAAUUUCUUCAUGUCGACCUUACAACAACGACUACAAGCACAACUACAACGACCAAACCAUCAACAAAAUCAUCGACCACACCAACAAAAUCUAUCGGAACAACUCCAACGCCACGACCGCAGCAAGGAACUACAACAAAUGUGGAAGUAAAGGACACCAAAAAGGGAAGCAGUGCUGGGAAAGUGAUAUUUGUUUUGUUAGUUUUGGUGUUUGUUUCCGCGAUGAUUGGGGUUUGCGUCUAUGCUGGGCUCGACUACCGCAAAAAACAACAAAAGGAAAAAGAAGAAGAAGAAGCAACGAAAGCAGCAGCAACUGAAGCAGCAGCAGCGGAAGCAGCAGCAACUGAAGCAGCGGAAGCAGAGGACGAAAAAGAGAGAGCUUUCUGGUUCAACCUUGGAGACGAAGAGGAGAUUGCUGAACAAAACCGUAAACUCGCUGUCAUAAAUCUGGGGUCGGUGCAUAACAUAUUUGUCAAUGAGAUUUAUGAAAGGAUGGAGAAGGAGGACGAGGAGAACGCGGAAAAAAACGAAAAAAUUCUCUACGAAUUGUAUCUACCGGCAUUGGAGGAAAAGGGUUUUGCCAAAGUUGGGACUUUCCGGGAGUGGCGGAAGAAGAGUGCAAUGAUCCCGGAAAAAGGCGAGACUUUGGAAGAAUUCAACAAGAGAGUCGAAGACGCGAUAAAGACAAGGAGGGCCUUGAAAGUGACUCUAAACAAAAUUGUCAGGAAGAAACCAUCAAAGGAUGAAGCUGCCGGAGGGAAAAAGACAGAGAACAGCAAGGUGAAGAACGACCAGGCCCCGAAGGAGGAAACGACUUCGAAGGACUCGGCUCUGCAGAAGGACCCGGCACCGGAGAAGUCGGACGCUGCAAAGAGCAAACAGGCAGGUACGACGUCGGAUGUUCCAACGGAUAUGGUGUCGGAGGCUAAAGAGACGGAACAGUAA